AUGGCGCAACAUUGGCGGACCCACAUGGGCGAAAGGCCCUACGAGUGCCCCGAGUGUCACAAGAGCUUCACGAAAAGCUCCGGACUGGUGCGCCAUUGGCAGACCCACACCGGCGAACGACCCUACGACUGCUCCCAAUGCGGGCGGCCUUUCGGCAGCAGCUCCGCUUUACUGACCCAUCGGCGGAUCCAUACGGGGGAAAAACCCUAUACGUGCCCCGAAUGCGGGAAGGAUUUCACCCGCGGUUCGACGCUGGUGAAUCAUCGUCGAAUCCACACGGGGGAAAAACGAUACGUUUGCGAAGACUGCGGGAAACGGUUUGGCAACUGUUCAACCUAUAUCCGCCAUCGGAAAAGCCAUACGGGCGACGUGCCUUACGUCUGUCGCGACUGCGGGGUAGAUUUUAUCUGGAGUUCGGCUUUAAUCCGUCAUCGGCGGAUCCAUACGGGUGAGAAACCCUAUAAGUGUCCGGAUUGCGGGAAGAGUUUUAGCGAUAAUUGGGUGUUAUCCCGACACCGACGGAUCCAUACGGGCGAGAAAUUCUAUAAGUGCCCUCAGUGCGGGAAGAGCUUCAGCGACAGCUUCUCGCUGAUGCGUCACCACCGCGUCCACACCGGGGAGAGACCCUACCAGUGUCCCCAGUGCGGGAAGAGCUUCGUGGACAGCUCGACCCUCGUCGAUCACCAACGCAUCCAUACGGGCGAGCGACCCUAUAGCUGCCCCGACUGCGGGAAGCGAUUCAACCGCAGCUCCAACCUGGUGACCCACCGACGCGUCCAUACGGGGGAGCGACCCUACACCUGCCCCGGCUGCGGGAAGAGCUUCAGUCGCAGCUACAGUUUGGUGACCCACCAACGCAUCCAUACGGGCGAGCGACCCUAUAGCUGCGCUCAGUGUGGGAAGGGGUUUUACCAGAGCUCCCUUCUGGCCCGUCAUCACCGCACCCACGGCCGGGAGCCGCGAAAAUGA